CACAGGGAAACGUAUCCAUGAGUCACUCAUCUGAAUAAAGAAAAUGGAAAAACUGGAUGAAAGUAAACGACGGACAAAAAAAAUAUGAUAAGCCUUAGGUUUCAACCAAGCACCGCCGGUGUUCUAUCGACGUCGGUCAGCCGCGCCGGUUUUAUCAAGCGGUGCGGGUCUACUAAACCGGGAAGAACUGGCCGGUUCGGAACGAUGGCUAUGGCUGCUACUCCUCUCGAAAUUUGCGUCAAAGCUUCCAUCACUACACCCAACAAGCUCGGAGACUGCCCUUUUUGCCAAAGGGUGUUACUGACUAUGGAGGAGAAGCAUGUACCUUAUGACAUGAAAAUGGUGGAUUUGAGUAACAAACCAGAAUGGUUCUUGAAAAUUAACCCAGAAGGUAAAGUCCCGGUGGUGAAGUUUGAUGAGAAAUGGGUUCCGGAUUCGGAUGUUAUAACACAGUCUUUGGAAGAGAAGUAUCCUGAGCCUCCUCUUGCAACCCCACCCGAAAAGGCUUCCGUUGGAUCGAAGAUCUUCUCCACAUUUAUCGGUUUUCUUAAGAGCAAAGAUCCAGAAGAUGGAACUGAGCAAGUUUUGUUGGAUGAGCUCAGUGCAUUCAACGAUUACCUCAAGGAAAAUGGCCCUUUCAUAAACGGAGAGAAGAUUUCGGCAGCUGAUUUGUCCUUGGGACCAAAGCUAUACCACAUGGAGAUUGCAUUGGGCCAUUACAAGAACUGGUCUGUUCCAGAUUCACUUUCUUUCCUCAAAUCCUACAUGGAGAACGUAUUCUCGAGAGAGUCAUUCGUGAAUACACGGGCGCAAACAGAGGAUGUAAUUGCUGGGUGGAGACCAAAGCGCCACAAUCUGCAGAUUAUUACCGCAACAAGGCAAUUACACACCAUAAGAAGAACAGCAAUAAUUACAAAAAUGCCCUUCCGUCAUCUAAUCCUUCACUGUUUCCACUCCUGCUUCAGGGGACCCUUUAAACCCCCAUUUUCCUCGGCAGCUUAUCUUUUUCCUGCGAAUUUCAAAAUUUUCUCGCCCCUGAUUUUCUCGGGAAUCUGUGGGCAAUUCUUCAAAACCCGCCAUGAUUCGCCAAACGGCUUUCUCUCUACCCACAACUACUACUACUACAACGCUUUUGUCUCCCUGCUGUCCUCACCGGCUCAACUCUCUGUUCUUCACUCACCGACGCCGUCGAUUAAUCUCUCCAGCUCGCUUGAGUUCAUGUUUUUCGCAACGUCGAUUGUCUCUUUCUGUUCUCCUGAGACAUCCAAGACUUUUGAUUUUGCCUCGGAGGAGAAAAUAUACAAAUGGUGGGAGUCGCAAGGGUACUUCAAACCAAGUUUCGACCAAGGAGGCAGCCCUUUUGUGAUACCAAUGCCACCUCCUAAUGUUACUGGUUCUCUGCACAUGGGCCAUGCAAUGUUUGUGACUCUUGAGGAUAUUAUGGUUCGAUUCAAUAGGAUGAAAGGGAGGCCAACACUUUGGCUUCCCGGGACUGAUCAUGCUGGUAUUGCCACUCAGUUGGUCGUGGAAAAGAUGCUAGCAUCAGAAGGCAUUAAGAGAGUGGAGCUGGGUAGAGAUGAGUUUACCAAAAGAGUCUGGGAAUGGAAGGAGAAGUAUGGCGGAACCAUCACAAAUCAGAUUAAGAGACUGGGUGCUUCUUGUGAUUGGAGUAGAGAGCGCUUCACUCUUGAUGAGCAAUUGAGUCGAGCUGUGAUCGAGGCUUUUGUGAAGCUUCAUGACAAGGGGUUGAUAUAUCAAGGAUCUUACAUGGUCAACUGGUCCCCUAAUUUACAGACUGCUGUUUCAGACUUGGAAGUAGAAUACUCGGAGGAACCUGGAUUUCUAUACCAUAUUAAGUACCGUGUAGCUGGAAGUCCUGAUUUUCUUACUAUAGCAACGACUCGUCCAGAGACAUUGUUUGGUGAUGUGGCCAUUGCCGUCCAUCCUGAGGAUGAUCGUUAUUCUAAGUAUGUUGGUCAGACAGCAAUUGUACCUAUGACAUAUGGUCGUCAUGUCCCAAUUAUUUCUGAUAAGUAUGUUGAUAAGGAUUUUGGGACUGGUGUUCUGAAGAUAAGUCCUGGGCAUGAUCACAACGAUUAUCUUCUUGCAAGGAAGCUAGGUCUCCCCAUUCUGAAUGUAAUGAACAAGGAUGGAACACUAAAUGACGUUGCUGGCUUUGGCCUUGACCGGUUUGAGGUGAGGGAGAAACUAUGGGCAGAUCUUGAGGAGGCAGGUUUAGCUGUUAAGAAGGAACCUCAUACUUCACGAGUUCCAAGAUCUCAGCGUGGUGGAGAAGUUAUUGAGCCACUUGUAAGCAAACAAUGGUUUGUCCAUAUGGAACCCUUAGCUGAGAAGGCUCUUCUUGCUGUUGAAAAAAAAGAACUUACCAUCAUACCUGAGAGAUUUGAGAAGAUAUACAAUCAUUGGCUGACAAAUAUUAAGGAUUGGUGCAUAAGCCGGCAGUUGUGGUGGGGGCAUCGCAUACCAGUUUGGUAUGUAGUUGGAAAGGAUUGUGAGGAGGACUACAUAGUUGCCAAAAAUGCUGAAGAAGCCCUUGAGAAAGCUCAUGAGAAGUAUGGAAAAGAUGUUGAAAUAUAUCAGGAUCCAGAUGUUCUUGACACCUGGUUUUCCAGCUCAUUGUGGCCAUUCAGCACUCUUGGCUGGCCUGAUGUAUCAGCAGAGGAUUUCAAAAACUUCUACCCUACAAAUAUGUUAGAAACAGGGCAUGACAUACUAUUUUUCUGGGUAGCAAGAAUGGUUAUGAUGGGAAUAGAAUUUACAGGGGCCGUUCCGUUUUCUCAUGUCUACCUUCACGGACUUAUACGGGACUCUCAAGGGAGAAAAAUGUCAAAGUCUCUUGGGAAUGUGAUUGAUCCGCUUGACACAAUCAAAGACUUUGGCACUGAUGCUCUGAGAUUUACGAUUGCACUAGGAACUGCUGGUCAGGAUCUGAACCUAUCUACUGAGAGGUUAACUGCAAAUAAAGCAUUCACCAACAAACUAUGGAAUGCUGGAAAGUUUGUGCUGCAGAGUCUGCCUAGUCUAAGCGAUACAUCUGCUUGGGAGAAUUUGCUGGCCCUCAAGUUUGACAAAGAGGAAACCCUGCUCAGUUUACCCUUACCUGAAUGUUGGGCGGUGUCAAAACUUCAUAUUCUCAUUGAUUCCGUCACAGCAAGCUAUGAGAAGUUGUUCUUUGGGGAUGUAGGAAGAGAAACAUAUGAUUUCUUUUGGAGUGACUUUGCUGAUUGGUAUAUUGAAGCCAGCAAAUCUCGACUGUAUGGAUCUGGAGGCAAUUCAGAUUCUCUAGUUUCUCAGGCAGUUCUGUUAUAUGUCUUUGAGAAUAUACUUAAGCUGCUGCAUCCAUUUAUGCCGUUUGUAACCGAGGAUCUAUGGCAGGCACUUCCCUACAGGAAAGAAGCGCUGAUUGUGUCUCCAUGGCCACAAAAUUCACUUCCUAGGACUGUUGAAUCAAUAAAAAGAUUUGAGAAUUUACAAGCUCUGACUAGAGCAAUUCGAAAUGUACGAGCAGAGUAUUCAGUGGAACCGGUAAAACGUAUAUCUGCCUCAGUUGUUGGAAGUGCAGAGGUUGUUGAAUAUAUUUCGAAAGAGAAGAAGGUGUUAGCUCUUCUAUCAAGGCUCGACUUAGACAACGUCCAUUUUACUAACACCCCUCCUGGUGACGCAAACCUCUCAGUCCACGUAGUAGCCAGUGAAGGACUAGAGGCAUAUCUACCUCUUGCCGCCAUGGUUGAUAUAUCCUCUGAAGUCGAACGCAUUUCCAAACGUCUCUCCAAGAUGCAAACUGAAUAUGACGCCCUCGUAGCUCGCCUUAAGUCACCAAAGUUUGUGGAGAAAGCUCCAGAAGAAGUGGUGAGAGGGGUAAAGGAGAAAGCAGAAGAAGCGGAAGAAAAGAUAAAGCUGACCAAAGCUAGGCUUGAUUUUCUCAAGUCCACUUCUUUAGUGUCUCAGUAAAUUCACAGCCUCCAGGUAAAUUAUUAUGUUCUCACCGUCUGGCCAGGCCCAUAUCGGCCCAUGGACCACCAGGUAUCGAUUUAAUUCUAUAUGACACCGGUUACAAUUACUCUCUUUUUUUUGGGACCCCAUAAUUUUUAGUCUGAAAAUCCCUAAAAUGAUAUUAGAGAGAAUCCAUUAUCAGUUUUUUUUUUGUCAGUGUCACAGUCGGGUCCAUUAUAAUGCCUUUUUAAGCGUUAACAGUUUUUAAGCAAAAAAGUGGAUAUAUUUUUAAAUUUUUUGUAGGUUUUGCCACAAUUGUAUUUAUUAGUACUAUUUUAUAUCCUCACCAACUAGGCAAAAUAUGUGUAUUAAUCAGUAUAUGACUAUAUUCAUUGCUUGAUUUUGGAAAAAGAAGGAAUUUUUC